AAUACUCUAAACAAGUGUUUCUUAGCGGAAACUGUCCAAGAGCAUGAAAGUUCACCAAAAAUGGACAUUGAUUUGCAAUCUUGUGCUCGUUCAGUCAAAAGCAUCAACACCCCCAACUCCCUUUUACAUGGAAAGAUGUUCCACCUUCUUUUCCUAAAAAGGGGCGUUCUAAAUCCUGCUCUCACCAUAGCUAACCGCUUAAUCCAGAUGUAUGCAAGGUGCGGGCAAAUUUCUGAUGCCCGGAAGCUGUUCGAUGAAAUGCCCGAGAGAAACUACUUCACCUGGAACACCCUACUUGAAGGGUACAUGAAAUGCGGGAUGAUAAGUGACUCGCUGCGGUUGUUUUCUAUUAUGCCCCAAAAGAAUGAUUUUUCUUGGAAUGUCGCCAUCUUGGGGCUCGUAAAUGCUGGGGAGUUAGACACUGCUCGGCGCCUUUCAUAUGAGAUGCCGAGGAAGAAUGCUAUCGCUUGGAAUGCUUUGAUCAAUGGGUUUGCACGGACUGGAUUUCUUGGUUUUGCUUUGCGGUUGUUUAGGGAGUUUUCUUGUUUCGGUGCGUCUAUAACAGGUGAGAAGUCAUGCAUUGAUCCCUUUGUUUUGACUACGGUUGUUAAGGCUUGUAUGAAUUUAGGAAGUCUCCGUUUGGGGAAGCAGAUUCAUGCUCACAUUAUAGUUGAUCAAGUGGAAAUUGAUUCUACAUUGGCUAGUUCACUGGUUAACAUGUAUGGGAAAGGUGGUGAUCUGGAAAGUGCUCACCAUAUUCUGAGUAGAAUGCUGAUUCCUGAUGAUUUUUCCUUGUCAGCUAUGAUCUUAGCAUAUGCAAAUUGUGGUAGAAUGAAGGAUGCGAGACAAAUUUUUGAUGUUAAAACUGAUCCCUGUGUUGUAUUGUGGAAUUCAAUGAUAACAGGAUAUGUGUCAAAUGGUGAUGCUUCAGAGGCAUUUUUUAUGUUUGAUGAGAUGCACAAGGCAGGAAUUACAGGGGACUCCUCAACUUUGGUUAGUGUUUUAAGUGUCUGCAGUAGUGCACAGAUUGUCGAGAAUUGUCAGCUAGUACAUGCUUUUGCUUGCAAGCUCGGAUUAGUAGAUGAUCUCAUAGUUGCUAGUGCUUUAAUUGACACAUAUGCGAAGUGUGGAUAUUCAUGCGAUGCUUGCAAAAUUUUCGGUGAGCUUAAAAUGCAUGAUACUAUUUUAUUGAAUUCUAUGAUUACCAUUUAUUGCAGUUGCGGCAGAGUGGAAGAUGCCAAGUGGAUUUUUGAGUCCAUGCCACAUAAAAGCUUGAUAUCUUGGAAUGCAAUAAUUGGUGGUUUGUGUCAAAAUGGCUUACCAAUAGAAGCCCUGGAUAUUUUCUGCAAAAUGAAUAAGAUGGAUAUAAGGAUGGAUAGGUUUAGUUGUGCAAGCAUGAUUAGCUCAUGUGCCAGCAUCUCCUCACUCGAUCUUGGUGAACAGUUUUUUGCAAGAGCUAUCAUCAUAGGGAUUGAUUUUGAUCAGAUUGUUUCUACCUCCAUACUCGAUCUUUAUUGCAAGUGUGGCUUAGUAAAACAAGCUAGGAAGAUAUUCGACCAAAUAGUGGAACCUGAUGAGGCUUCAUGGAAUUCUAUGUUGAUGGGUUAUGCUACAAAUGGCUAUGGAACAGAAGCAUUGAACUUAUUCUCUGAAAUGAGAUGUGCUGGUGUGUUGCCCACGAAUAUCACAUUCACAGGAGUCUUGUCCGCUUGUAAUCACUGUGGACUACUAGAAGAAGGAAAAAAGUGGUUUAAUGCGAUGAGACAUGACUAUCAUACUGAUCCGGGCAUUGAACACUACUCAUGCAUGGUAGAUCUUUAUGUACGAGCAGGGUGCCUCGAGGAGGCGAUGAAUAUCACUCUGACAAUGCCUUUCGAAGCAGAUGCAAGCAUAUGGUCAUCAAUUUUGAGAGGAUGUGUAGCUCAGGGUAAUGAAAUCCUGGGAAAGCAAGUGGCUAAGAGAAUUACAGAGCUUGAUCCUGAGAAUUCGAGUGCUUUUGCACAAUUGUCAAGUAUAUAUGCAACUUCUGGGAAAUGGGAAAGAUCAGCUUUGGUUUUGAAUUUGAUGAAAGAAAAGGGAGUUCAUAAAAUUCCUGGACAAAGUCGGAGAGAUACUUGGAUUUGACUUUGCCCCAACAUCCGACUGUUAAGAUUUUCUGAAUAAUCCUUUGAGACAUAUAUAAAGCUUGUUGGGGAAAAUUGGGUGUUAUGGUAUUAUUAUGACAACAGGAUUUCUAUACAUAUUGCUCAUUACUACAAAUAUGGUUAGUCUAAUCAUGAGACUAUAUGGAGUUGUUGGUCUUAUUGGGGUGGAACUCGAACCUGAAACCUUCCUUAUGAAAAGCAAUAUGAUGCCAUUGAAUCACAAGAAACUCUAUGGUUUAAAAUAUCACUAAACCCAUCAAGCGAAGCAUCUCCUAAAUCUUCAUCAUGAAUCCAGUUUUGGACACAAAUCAGUCUUCCCCAAUUGUCUGUCGGUCAUGCUUGAAUGUGCGAACAAGAAUGGUUCAACUCUUCUGUACGUGAUUCAUGCAACUUACAAGGUGCUACAUUCAAGGGUUAAAAGGCUAUAUAUUGGAUUAAGGGUCUAAUGGCUAUAUAUUGUAUUAUUGGGACAAUGUAAGAUGAAGACAAUCGAAGUUUCAUAAAUCAUUGUUUCACAUAAUGCAACCUACAA